UGCCCCACGAGUGAUAAUGACGCCCAAAUGGCGAUCGGGCGGAAUGAACUGGACUUCCACCGUCCAAUACGAUCGAUCCGGAGUGUGCUUUCUCGUGGAAAACCCGACUUCCCCCGAAUCGAGAUCUUUGUUGUUGGGCCCCUGAGGGGGCAAAAAGAGCUUUCUUUCUUCCAAAGACGACUGAGGACUGACGGACUCGCGGCAGUUUUCCGGAGUCACCUAUAUAAACAACCUGGGACGAGGAUGUGCCAAAUAGUCUUGUAUCACAUUCCCCAAAACACACAUCUAUCAUCCCAUUCGCAUCUGAAGCUUUGAAGCAAGUAAUAACACUAUUGUCGAUUGUGAUUUCUGUAGUUUAGAUAUACCAAGAACGGCCUUAACGAGCGAGUGACUCGUAAGCAACCACGUGUCCGUGAUCCAUUCUUCGGUCGGGAUUGCCAGUUUUUGUUGUUGUUGUUGUUGAUGUUGUCGAUCUGACUACUUAAUUGACAAUUCAUGUCUGGGAAGGAGGUCCCCUUCAGCUUUGAAGAUUUCAAUUCCUUCAUUAACUCGUUGUAUUCGGUUGCCCUUCAACGCGAGUAUUUAUCACACCGCAGCAAUCGCCUGAUCGAAAUGGUGUUCGGACAUAUCGAUGACUUAGAGGGGAGCCAAGAGGGCGCAACCCGCUUGCAAGCUCUCCGAGCCGCCAACUGCCUCAAGGUCUUGGGCAAAGGUGUAAUUCGAGUGGUUCAUCGGGUGGAAGAGGCCAGGGAAAGCUGCAAACUAGACCUUUCCAAUUGCCAACUAAUGCAAGUCCCUGAUGCCGUAUAUUAUAUGCUCAGGAACACGCCCCUCAUCGAGUGCAAUCUCGCAUUCAACGUCAUCUCUAAGAUUCCGCCCAAACUUCCGGCCAAAUUUUCCUUCAUUAAGAAACUGAACCUGUCCCAUAAUCGAUUGUCCGCUUUGCCAGAUGAGAUCCGAGAACUCACUCAAUUGGAAAUGGUGGACAUUUCGAGCAACUCGUUCCUCUCACUUCCAGCGUGCCUCUUUGCCACACCAAAACUGGCGGAAAUCCGGGCUCAAAAGAACUUCAUCACUGAUGUUGAUGCCGAUGCCGUCAGUUCUUCUCCCAAAUUGGAGCAACUGAACUUAAAGGAGAACCCUUUAUCUCGAUCCACAGAGGAGAGCUUGUCCAAGAUUUCCCAGAUCAACAUCGUCCUCACCAAGAGAGAGUUGGAGGAAUGGGAAGAUUUGACGGUCUAAGCAAAGAAGAUAUCCUCAGCCUACCCUUUUCGCCACCUUCAAUUACUCUGAUUCGAGGCCUGGAUCUCUUCUUCAAGAUAGAAAAUCCUGAGGGCUCUCCACCUACACAAAAUGAGAUUCUUACAGUGCCAAAAUGAAUGAAUGAACGAACGAAGGCAAUACAUGUCCCGCGAAUGGAUGGUGUGGAUGGAGUUUGGGAUCACUUUGUUGGCGAUGAAGUGAUUCUGAGGAAUCGCGGACGUGAAGUUGUCUCUCUCCUCCUCUCUUUCUUUCUAUCCUGUCUGUGAUGACGAAUUUCAUGAUUGAUAGAAGAUCUAUUUGUAUACGUGUUGCAUCUAUGUCCAUUUCUCCGGUUCCUAAUUCUUUAUAUUUAAAUAACGCCACUUACCUAGAUGUAAAAACACCCCUCAAAAAACGAGUACAUGUGUCGAUUCCUUCCCUUCCAUGAUGGCCAGUCUUAUUUGAUCAAGCCCAAUUCCUUGAUUCCUUCUCUAUUUUCAACUAUAUUUACUAUAUUUAUGUCCUGUUUACCUUCUAUAAAACGUGUCCCGUUUUCUUAUGCAAGAAAUUAGCAUAAUUUGGAUGAGUCAUCUAGUCAGGUGGUGAAUAUUAAUCGUAAUACUUAUUUUCAGAGUUGCAAAUGCAAAUUUCUGUCUUCCCCUCUUGCCUUACUAUAUGAUUUCAUGGAUUCAUUCCUCUUCCUUUGUUCUUGAGACCACCGAUAAGCCACAUAAAAUUCCCAAAUGAUGAAUAGCGUAGAGGUCUCUAAUCCCAAAUUCGCAUUUUGAAUGCCCUUUCUUACAUUGAUCCUGUAGUUAGCUCUCUUAGUUUUUGCCAUUUUCUAAGCCCGCCUUUUCGCACAAAUUGUUUGAGCUUUCCCCCCAGACAAGCUAACAAGUAUUCUUUUGAACCAACAAGCACCUUACCAAAACAACCGGCCUUUUGUACUUAUAAGAAAACCUAGUUGGAAAUUAUUGAAUCAUGCUAGAAAUUUGUAAUAAAAACUAAAAUCAAAAAAUCCACCUCUCGUGUUUGAAACUGCUGGGCCGUUAGAACCCAAAAAUUGUACUUGUAUUUUCUUUGAAACUGAAGGGCGAGAUAUGAAACAUGGUUCUGUAUCUGAACCCACUGCUGAGGUUACAGAUCUGACUUGAGAUAUGUUCAACAAAAAAACUCAAUUUUUUUGAUUGUUUUUGUUUUGUUCGGCAAUGUUCGAUCAGAGCAUCAAUUUGUUAUUGGA